CAGGUGAAUCCACAGAAACAGAUUUUAAUGGACAAGGAGCUUCUGACAAUGGGGAAUCAAAUGAAGGUUCUUGUGGUUCUUCUGUUGAUGAUGACCAUUUAUAUCCCUCCAGCCACCACAUCAACAACCCCUGUGUGUGGCAUCACUCCUGUCAACAACAAAAUAGUGGGAGGUCAAGAUACCCCUGCAGGAAGUUGGCCCUGGCAGGCAAGCCUCCAAGAAUCUGGCAGCCACGUUUGUGGUGGGUCCCUCGUCAACAAGGAGUGGGUGAUGUCUGCAGCCCACUGCUUCUCCAGCGCAAGCCCAAAUGGUUGGAGCAUUAUCCUUGGUCGACAGAACCAGCAGGGCAGUAACCCCAACGAAGUGUCCACAACUGUGGAUGAGAUCAUUUUACAUCCAGCUUACGAUGGAAGCACACAUGACAACGACAUCGCUCUGCUCAAACUCUCCUCACCAGUUAACUUCACUGAUUACAUCUUUCCUGUCUGUCUGGCAGCAAGUGACAGUGUUUUCCACCAGGGCACUGAGAGCUGGGUGACUGGCUGGGGCAAUGCCAAUGAAGGAGAUCACCUACCCCCACCCCAGACUCUGCAAGAAGUGGAGGUUCCAGUUGUGGGGAACACACAGUGUGACUGCCUGAAUGGGGUCGGCUCAAUCACAGACAACAUGCUCUGUGCUGGUGUUCUGGAAGGGGGCAAGGACUCAUGUCAGGGUGACUCAGGAGGUCCAAUGGUGGUUGAACAGAACUCCGUCUGGGUCCAGUCUGGUGUUGUUAGUUGGGGUUAUGGCUGCGCUCGGCCUAAUCUCCCUGGGGUCUACACUAGAGUGUCCAGUUACCAGUCCUGGAUCAACUCCCAGAUCAGCACCGACCAGCCAGGCUUUGUGGAGUUUACAUCCAGUGGGGUAGAUGCUGACAGCAGUUACAUCUGUCCUACUGUCGACCCCACUGACACAGAUUCAAUUUUUGAUAAUGGGCAGGGUUUGUUCGGCUCCCUUUAUAUGCUGAGCGCCUUGUUCAUUCUGUUUCUUACCAUUUUAAAUAAUUGAUUCCUACAAUCAAGGGCGGGGUUUUAUUGGCAGCCUGAGUCCAUGUACUAUUCGUUCGGGAGAUUUUUCUUUCAUAGUAAAGGCUGAUGUGCCCUGGGAAAACAAAAGUGUGGAAGGGGGUAGCCUAAUGCCUAAGGUUCUAUCCAGUGUAUGUGCAAUUACGUCUUUGAGUUACCCCAGAUCUGCUCCCCUUUUCCCUGGGCACAUCUUCCUGAGUGAGUGUUGUUUUCAAUGGGCCUUACUAUUGUAUUGAUUUAUUUGUGAAGAUGGAUAACUUGAAAUAUAUAUUUACCUAUUCAUUUAAGGGGCAAUAAGAUUCAAACAAACGCACACCCUGCUUUGGUAAACAGCUGAGGGAUAGGGCUGGAGAAAUGUAACUCAAAUUCAUAGACAGACCUUUAGGUGCAAGGAGUGACUGAUGGCUUUAACAAUGUUUUGUAAGGUUUACGAUGUUGCUUUACAAUGAUUUUGUUUACAGACAAUAGAGUAAAACAUGCUUAUAUUUUUGAUGAAGUAUAACAGUUGCACUAAGCUCAUGAGGAAUUUUAAGUUGUAUUGUUCUAGAAUUAAUUGCUAUAUAUCUUUAAAGACGCACUCCAGAAUCCUUUUCAUUUUUCACGUGAAUUACUUUUUCAUGUGAAAAGUCACAUCUCAGUAGGUGGUCCAGGUAUCCUCAUGACAUAGCAAAAGGGGGAGUCGGAUGACGUCCAGUAAACCCAUCAGACCAACUUAUUUAAUGGCCAACUCUCGAAGUUUGCAGUUGUGUCUAAAAAAACAAAAAAAAUAGCUGGAGUGUUUUUUAAUUUAAGUCUAAAAAUGGUUGUACCAUUCCCAGAUUGCCCUUUUAAUAUUUAACAAAUUACAUAUCCUUUUGCUUUGAAAGCUGUAUAACAAUGCAAAAUCAAAGAUCUUUAUGGCCUAGUGGUUAGUGGCGCAGCCCCCAGAGCACACGUUGUGUCGGCGUGGGUACUGCCUACAUGACACACUGUCGUCUCUUGUCUUUCCUGUCUCCUCUUUCUAUCUUUCCUAUCAGUAAAGCAUGGGUAACACUAUAUUUUAAUCAGGUUCACAUAUUAACCAACCUUGAAGGAGGCACUAUGUUACCGAAAUGUUGGUUAUGAGGUUUACCCAUUAAAUUGUUGGGCGCAUACAUAGUGUGACUUUAUUUGUUAUUAUACAAAGCUCACAUAUUAACCACUACUAAGUAGUUUCUAAGUUUGUAUGUACUGUACCAGUCAACUUUGGACAUACCUACUCAUUCCAUUUUUUUUAUAUAAAAAAAAAAAAAAA